AAAAGGGUUUAUGGGCAAACCAAAAACUCAAAACCCUACACUCUUCCUCUAUAUACUUGAGGUUUGUCUUCUUGUCGGCUCUUGAAUCUCCAACUUUGAGUCCUACUGCGUAAUUACUUGUCUCUGUUUCAGAAGAGUUCUCGAAGACGCUCUCCUUCCAGUUUUCACCAACAGCAUCCAUAAGGUAAUGGCAGCAUCUUGUGUUACUCUUAAACCUCGGACCUUUACUUUAUCCCAUCAUGGGAAACAGAGAACUAGUACUCUACUGAGACGGAGAUCUUAUAUUGCAGUAGUGUCCAUGUCAACCAACAAAAUUGACAUUCCAAUCAUGGUAAAUGGUUGUGGUAAAAUGGGGAAGGCUGUUAUUAAGGCAGCAGCCUCUGCAGGACUCCAGAUUCUUCCUGUAUCAUUUGGCUCACCAGACGAGUCUGGAAAUAUCGUGCAAGUAUGCGGAAAUGAUAUUAAGAUACAUGGUCCUCCUGAAAGAGAAGAUGUUCUUGCAUCCAUCUAUGAUGAGCAUCCAAACCUAAUUGUGGUGGAUUACACUGUUCCUACAGCAGUAAAUGAUAAUGCGGAACUGUAUUGCAAAGUUGGGGUGCCCUUUGUUAUGGGAACUACUGGUGGAGAUAGGGAUCGGUUAUAUAAGACUGUAGAGGAUUCAAAGAUUUAUGCUGUGAUCUCCCCACAGAUGGGGAAGCAGGUGGUUGCAUUUCUUGCAGCCAUGGAGAUUAUGGCUGAGCAAUUUCCUGGAGCUUUUUCUGGGUAUUCUCUUCAGGUGUUGGAGUCCCAUCAAGCUGGGAAGUUGGACACAUCCGGAACUGCUAAGGCUGUUAUUUCUUGCUUCCAGAAAUUGGGUGUGUCUUUUGACACGGAUAAGAUACAAAUGAUCCGGGAUCCCAAGCAACAAAUUGAGGUGGUGGGUGUACCAGAGGAGUAUUUGUCUGGCCAUGCAUUCCAUAUGUAUCAUCUGACAUCACCUGAUCAAACAGUUUCUUUUGAGUUUCAACACAAUGUUUGUGGUAGAUCCAUUUAUGCAGAGGGUACUGUUGAUGCUAUAAUUUUCCUUGCUAAGAAGAUUCAGUCAAGGGCAGACAAGCGGAUCUAUAAUAUGAUUGAUGUCUUGAGAGAGGGCAACAUGAGAUGAAUUAAACUAAUGGUUCCAAGUUUACCUCCAAUUUCAAUAAUGUCCUGCAAUUUUCAUCUGGGCUUUUGUCAGCUAUGCAAUGGAAUAGAAUCGGUGCACUUCAUCCAAAAAUUUCACAGAAGACUGAUGGAUGACCAAGAUUCAAAUUGUGUGUUAUUGUAUUGCUCAGAGACCUUUGUAGUACUUUAAAGCCCAACAAAGAAGUACUGGCCUCUCCCAAAGGUACCUUCAGAAAAUGACUGGUUCUGGAUUGAGAUUAAGGAAUGGAAGAGGAAGGAUGUGCAAUUAUUCAUGAAUUGUAAUUAUAGACGCCUCUCGAGCCGGUUUUUGGUUUUCGGAAGGAACUUUGGAGGGUUUGAUGGAGAAUGGAAUUGAAAUUAGAGGGAAACUUGGGUGAGUAUUAGUGUAAUUUGCUCUUAAUUAUGAUUUCUGAUGCAAUGAAGACAAUUUUUGAGAUCAGGGUGUGCUUAUGCCAUUGUUAGCAGAGGACUCGCUUGGGUCUAACAUGUUGAUAAGGUAUUGGAAGGACACAUUUUUGUAUGGAAACAUUUGCCUUCACAAGCAUGUAAGUAAUGAGGAAUCAUCAUUUUCUUUAGUAGCA